AUGGUUUCUGCCGAUGAGAAAACCCAGUUCCGCAUUCAGUCCCCGCAGAUCCAGGUGAGCAUGAACAGCAAGCUGGUAACAGCCAGGAACAAGAGGGGGUGGUGUGCGCCUGGGACUGUGUCCCUGAGUCUCCACGUCGGUCUCUCUCCAACUCCUGUGUGGGUCAGUUCCUGCCUACCUGUGUCCCAGGGGAGCCAUCAGGACUUCCGGAGCCUUCAAGCGAAGUUCCAGGCCUCUCAGCCUGGGACCGGCGAACUAUCCCCGAAGCCUGAGUUCAAGAAACUCCUCAAGAAGUUUCCUCAGCCUGAGCCCAGUGAGAACUCCAAAAAGCCCCCCCAGCCCGAGUUCACUCAUCUCCCCAAGAAGCCCCCUCAGCCCGAGCCCACUGAUCUCCCCAAGAAGCCCCCCCAGCCCGAGCCCACUGAUCUCCCCAAGAAGCACCCCCAGCCCGAGUCCACUCAUCUCCCCAAGAAGCCCACACCGCCUGAGUUCACUCAUCUCCCAAAGAAGCCCCCGCAGCCCAAGUUCACUGAUUUUCCCAAAAAGCCCUCCAAAUCUGAGUCCAGUGAAGCCUGCAAGAAGUUCCCACAGCCAGAGGCCCCUGCGUUCCCCAGGAACCCCCUGCAGCCUGAGGUGAGCGAGGCUCCUCAGAAUGCCUUGCAGCUGGAGCCUAGUGCACUUACCCAGAAGCCCCCACAGCCUGACCCCAGCAACCCCACCAAGCCCUCCGCAGAACCCAAAUUCAGUACAUCCCCUAGGAAGGUCUGGCAGCCUGAGCUCAGUGAGGCCGCCCCACAGCCCCCACAGCCUGAGUUCAGCGUGCUCCCCAGAAGGCCCCAGCAGCCUCAGGUGCCCCCCAGGAAGCCCGAGCCCAGUGAGCCGCACCCGAGCUUUUCACAGUCUGACCUCAGUGCCUCUCCAAAAAAGACCCCACUGCCUCAGCUGAGUGACCUCCCCAAGAAGCCCCUGCAGCCUGAGUUCGGUGACCUCACCAGGACAUCCUCGGAGCCCGAGGUCUGUGUGAUUCCCAAGAGACCACGGCAGUCCGAAUUCAGAGCAUUCUCUAGGUCCCCGCAGGCCAAGGCGGACAGCCUCCCCAGGACCACCUCAGAGCCCGAGGUUCGCCUACUUCCCAGGAAGUUUCCGCAACCUGCGGGUCAGGGAACCCCCCGCAAGUUCUCGCAGCCCGAGCCCAAUGUUCUGCUCAAGAAAUCCCUGCAGGCGGAGUUCUUUGGAGAUCCUUCUAGAAAGCCUCCACUGCCUGGCUCCAUUUCGGAGAGUUCACUGCCCUUGGCUGUCGCGGCCUCCGGCCCCCGAUUCCCACUCAGCCCCGGGUUUGGCGCCAGGCAGCAGAGGUCAGUUCUCCCUCACAGCGGCGCAUCCAAGCUGGGCCUGAAACCCGGCCGCCCACCCCGGCGGCGGCCUCUGCCUCCGGUCAGCAGCCUGGGACCCCCGCCAGUCAAACCCCCACUGCCGCCAGGCCUCAAGGAUGUCCAGGGCUUCCCAAGACCCUCAGCAGCAGCCACAGCCCUGAGGAGGGCCCGCUCUUGUGCUGGAAUCCACGUCCGGGCCCCACAGCCUAAGGAUAGCCAGGGGGACCCAGAGGAGAUCUACGAGCUGUGCGAUGACGUGGAAGGGGCAGACUCCAGUCCCAGCUCCAAGAGCAAAGAUGAUGUGCGACCCAUCCAGCAACCCCCUAAGAGGCCACCACAUGACCCUGAGCUCAGGAAGCAGACGGCUCUCCAGCCACAGGAGUUGCUACCUGUGGACCCUAAGGUCCUGAAGCAGAUGCGGAAGGCGGAGAAAGCUGAGAGGGAGUUCCGGAAGAAGUUCAAGUUUGAGGGGGAGAUCGUGAUUCAGACAAGGAUGAUGAUCGACCCCAAUGCCAAGACACGCCGUGGGGGUGGCAAGCACCUGGGCAUCCGACGCGGGGAGAUCCUGGAGGUGAUCGAGUUCACCAACGAGGAGGAGAUGCUCUGCCGGGACACCAAGGGCAAGUACGGCUACGUGCCCAGAAUAGCGCUGCUGCCCCUGGAAACAGAGGUGUACGAUGACGUUGCCUUCCUGGACCCUCUAGAAGGCCAGCCAUUCCCUCGAGGACGGUAAGCUCGGCAGGUGCGUGGAUCCAGGACAACUCACCGGCCCAACCACCCACCAACCCAGGAAUCCUGGAUCCCAGCUCGAAGGCCACAGAACUCCCCAAGCUGCCUUGGCUGGGUAGCUCAGCUGGUUAGAGCAUCGUCCUGGUACACCAAAGUUGCAGGUUCAACCCCC